AUGAGUUUGUCCCGGUUUCGUUUGAUCACAUUCGAUGUGCACAACACGUUGUUACAGUUUCGUUCGAGCCCCGGUAAGAAAUAUGGCGAAAUUGGUGCGAUGUUCGGAAUCAGCAACAACAACAACCAACUGGUGGCAAACUACGUCCAGAGCUGGCACAAAAUGAAUCGGCUACAUCCGAACUUUGGACUGAAGACUAAAAUUUCCUACAAACAAUGGUGGCAGAUGAUGAUAGACGGCAUUUUCAAUGAAAAUGGAACUCACAACACGCCGCCGGAGAAAAUCGAACAGAUGACGGAACAUUUUAUGGAGUACUUCAAAACGAGCGUGUUUUGGCAGCAUUGCUACGGAUCGGUGGAUUUCCUCAACUAUUUGAAGCUGCAGCAGCACGUAGAAUCCAAUGGUCAGAAACAACCCCCAUUCAAGCUGGGAGUAAUCUCGAACUUUGAUCCCCGGCUGGACGUGCUGCUGAGAAAUAUGAAAAUUAAUCACUACUUUGACUUUGUGCUAAACUCGUACGAUGUUGGGUACAUGAAACCCGCCCAAGAAAUCUUUGACCGUGCGAUCCGGGCGGCCGAGAUUAAGGAUCUCAAACCACACCAGUGUCUACACAUUGGAGCUACACCGGCAACCGAUUACUUCGGUGCACGGAAUGCCGGAUGGUAUAGUUUGCUGGUGCACGAAAAAUCGGCGGAAGAAUUGUCGCGAAAGUACGGCCAGCUGGUGGAGGAUAACCAUGUGUUUUCUAGUCUGUUUGAUAUUCACAAAAAGAUUUCGAACGAUUACAUGAGAUGGUAA